AUGGGUGGUGAUAUCAUAAAAGGAGGAGUAAAGGCAGUGUUUGAGUACAUCAAACAAUGGAAAUGUCGAGAUGAGGUGAUUGAUUAUCGAAGAAGACAGGCUGAGGUGAUCGAGAAAAAAAAGGAAGCCGCGGAGACUCGUGCACAGAAAGCGAUCGAUUUGAAGUUGAAGGCACCCAUCCAUCCGGAACUUGCUCGUACGCCAGCACCGAUUAAACCUAAGACAAAGAAGAGGUCUUCUGAAAAGGUCAAGGCGGAUAAAGAAGCAUCUGCACUCAGAGCCGCGUACCACAAGCGAUGCUUGCAUUGGAUGACCGUUGAAAUGGUGCCAGUAACCGAACUAGAUGCAAAGGAAUUAGCUUACCAAAGGUCAGUAGAGCUCCUCAGUGAUCCAUCUCACAAGCUCUUCAUCGACUUCCCCAAACUCUUCACGCUGUUCAACUUCCUGAUCUGCUUCUUCUGCUUCUUUGACUCCCGAUGGUUCAUAGUUUGA